AUGGCAAUCGAUAUACUUCCGCUCACAGAGCCGGACAUCCCCGAUGCAGUAGUCUGCAUCCAAAAGGCGUUCGCCGACGACCCAUACUUCCGCUGGGUCUUUAACGAUCCAUCCAAAUUCAAUGUCCACCGCAACGCCGCCUCCCUCUCAGCGCACUUCCUCCACGGCCUCAACACCAACGCCCCCAUCUACAUCGCCAAAUACCGCCCCACCCCAACAGACAAGCACCCCCCGCCUUCCUCCGCCGUAGUCGGCGUCUGCUGGUGGUUCCCCCCACAACAGAAAGAAACCUGGACCACCUGGACCCAAGACUGGCUCCUAUCUUUCCGCCAACUCCUCAACAACAUCCGCUUCUUUGGACGCGGGGGGUUGAAUGUCCGGCGCUACUGGAUCUGGAAGGCUCUGCAGGCGCGCACGCACGCGGAGCUCUGGACUAACCCGGCAGGAUACUACUUCUGUAAUGUGAUAGCGGUAAGUGCGGAGAUGAGAGGGAUGGGGGUGGGGAGGAAGCUGGUGGAGGCUGUGACGGGGCGGGCGGAUGCGGAGGGCGUGCCGUGCUACCUGGAGAGUUCCAAGGGGGAGCCGAAUCUGGGGAUCUAUGAGAGGUUGGGGUUUAAGCUGGUUAAGGAGAUAGAGUGUGUGGAUGGGUGGGAUGCCUGCAAGUUGUAUUGCAUGGUGCGGGAUCCGAAGAUCGAGAUCAAGGUGUGA